UGUACUGAAAACAAAAAAUACAGGAGAUCGCAGCAGGUCAGGCAGGAUCCAUGGAGAGAAAGCAAACUAAUGUUUUGAGUCGAGAUGACUUCAUCAGAGAUGGCCUGCCAGCAAUCCCACGUCCCAUGAAUGAAUACAAAAGUCACCAGUUAUACUGGUUUCUCCUGGAAAGUUGACAGAACGGGUUAUGACAAAUGUACAUCCAUCUAAUUUUCACCAUUACCAAAUCAAGUACUGGAUUUGAAGAGAAAAGCUAAAUUUGAUAAUAACUUACUUGGUAGUUUUAGCAAUGCAACCACAAUAGAUUCAAGGAAACUAUUUAAGUGCUGUAGCAUUUUUGAAGAGCUGGCAUCUCAAGUCAGUUCUAAAGCCUUGUGAAGUUAUGUCAUUUAAAUUCUGGAAAGCUGGUAUAGAGUUUUGUCUGAAAUGGUACUAACAAUUCAUUAUCGUGUCUAAAAAGAGCUGUCAAAUGGGUAAUAAGCAGAAGCUGCUAGAAUUGAACAAAAACUGAAAUUGCUGAAGAAACUCAGCAGGUCUAGCAGCAUCUGUGGAGAGAAAGCAAAGUUCGUGUUUCGGGUCCAGUGAUGACUCUUUGGGUUCUGCUGAGUCUCUUCAACAAUUUAUGUUUUUAUUUCAGAUUUCUGGCAUUCACAGUUUUUUGUUUUAAUUAUAGGAUUGUAACUUCAAUAACCCUAAUUCUAUGAGGUUUAACCAUAUAACGUACCUUUCACCUCCAACCACAGCCUUUCCCCUGGUCCUGCCAUUGAUUGCCUGACACUUCCAUCAUUGCAAUCGUGUUCUGCACCAGUUGGCAAAUAAAAAGAUCUUGUGUUAGCCAAUUUUAUGACUCUGGAUUGUCCAUCAAGUAGCUUUUUCCAACCCUUAUUUGUUUAAAUAACCCUAUAAUCUUCCUCCUAUAUUGCUCACAGCAGUGUUAAGGAUGUUACUCUUUGAUUCAGGAAAACUCGAGGAUUUUCUAGAAUGGCUAGCCACUCCAGUAGAUAGUUAGAGGACUGAUGUUAAUGCAGGUAGAAAUGCUGCUGAAAGUUAUUGAGUGUUUAAAGCUGGUACUGUUAUUGUUCCUGAUUUAUAUUAACGAUUGGAUGAAGAAACUCAACACCAACAGAUGGCAAAUAUUUAUUUUUUCUUUAUCAUUGUUGCAUAUCUUUAGUAUAAGCCUUCUUGCUCUCCUGAGUGCAAUAUGUGGAUGGGACUUGAUACCAAUAUGCAAUCAGCCUGAGUCCUGGAAUUUCAGGUGAAAAGGAUUGUAAGGGCAAGGUCAAUAGAGAAUUGACACCAUGGAGACGUUGUACAAGACCAAGUUCAUGACUAGCAGUGAACAAAUGCUUCAAAGGGAAGCAUCAAACCAUGUCACUGUGCACAAAAGACCAAAGGAAACAUUGAGAAUAACUGAAACAAAGACAUGCCUGAAAAUGUCAGAUCCACAUCUUCCAAAAAUCAGCUGUGCAGUUGUUCAAAAGAAUGAUGUAAAACGAAGUGAAGUGCCAUUUUCUAGUAUUGUUGACUUCUUUAUGGAAAGGAAGAAAAUUCUUCAAUGGAAUGGACUUCAGUGGCAGAGGAUCAAUAUAUCUGUGCCCUGCAAUUUCCCUUUGGUCAUAAGGGGCUACAAGAAUAGGAACAGUGGUAAUAUGGAAGAUGAUGAAAAGUGCACAGGAAAUAGAAAAGGAAGAAAAGGUUGUGGCUUGGAAUCCAGCAUAAACAGAAAAUUUGUGCAAAAUGCAGUAGAAGAAUUAACAAACACAAAUAAAAAUUGUGCCAGUUCAGUGGAUAAUGAUGGGUAUUAUUCAGCUUUGCAACAAUAUUAUGGACCACUAUCAACCAAAUGCCAGAAGGUUGGAACAAAGAUGGCAGACAAGUUCCAUGUUGAACAUGAGGACACAGUGGAUGAUGAGAUCAAAAGUGCAAAGAGUAGAAAUAGCUCCUCUGAUUCUGUUGCGAAUGUGAAAUUGUCAAAGGGCUUUGUGAGAAAACCUGGUAAUAAUCAGCACCGAUUUUCAGUGGCAUAUCUUUCAGAAACUGGAAAUACCAGGGUUGAACUUGAACAAAUCUGUCACCUGCCUGGUCUGAAUAGAAUUAGCCUGGACCUGGAAAUUGAGCACAGAUCUGUAAGUCAGGCUGCAAACCAUGCAGAAGGAAUUGGCACUGACAAGUUGUGCAUCGAUAACUGUGCACGAAAUGUAGAAAGUACUCGCAGUGAGAAUGAAGGUGGUCUAGACCUUGUCCCACGUGUGCAAUCUAAAGUUGUUUUCCCAAGUCCAGUUCAACACAUUCCUUUUCUAACUUCAACUUGUGAGAAGCCUGAAGGAAAGAUGAACAAAUUAACAAAGCAUCCUGAUGGCAACAUUCAAUCGACUAAGUCUACCUCCUCUAUAGCAACCAGUUUAAGCAAAGCAUCUAUUAAGUCUUGCACAGGCAAGAUCUCCAAUGGAGCUAUUUGUCACAGCACCAUCAGCAAAUGCUGUGACAAAGAAUCCAAAGUUAGUGAAGGUGAUAUAAAAGAAGAAUAUAUUUCUGACUUCAAUCAUAUGUUUUGCGAGAAGGCAAGAGCAUGCACUGGAAGUCUACUUCCUGUUGUGGAGUCUGGUAUGAGAAGUCACAAUCAGAAGCAGCCUAGGAAGUCUGUCCUAAAGAAGUCAUUUGAUGGGCGUAAUCAUCCUCAAAUGUUGCUUCUGAAAGUUCCUAAAACGAGAGACGAAUGGAUGGAUAGCUGUGGAAAGGAGACUUUAAAGAGAAGUGUGAAAGGCUGCUUACAAAAGAAACAUCCUGUACCCAUCUAUCAGUCAUUGAACCAAGAUGUUAGAUGCUCAAUUCCUGAAGAAUCUACUGAGUUUUGCAUUAAUUGCUCUUAUGGACAGAAGCAAGACUGCAGAUUCAGGCAACCUUGCCGCCAGUACUCGCCUUGUUAUCAGAAUGGGCAUGGUCUAGGAUUGUUGAAUGCAGUGCAGCAGAGAUUGAAGCAACUCUAUUUCCAUGAAACAACAGAACAAAAAUCUACCAUGAAUCAUGAAAUGACUGUGAAUACCAAUGCAUCUUCUUAUCCUUUUUACUGUGAUGAAAAAUGUACUUUUCAAGUCGAGGAUGAACAGACUUGUUUACAACUCCCAGACUCAGUGAACUUGAAGCUGUCUAAAUGCCCUUCAGCAGAACGUACUAUUGAAUUAUCCAGUUCCCACGGAGGUCAAGUUCCUAUAAUAACAAUGACUUGUCCUACUCCAGUGCCACAUUGAAGAUCUUCAUAGUGAGAUGCUUUUCAGAAGGUUGUUGUCAACUUGCUUAACCCUAAUAGAGAGAAAUCUAUUUGGUAACUAUAUGGUAAUAGUUUUAUUUUUAGUCCAGACUAGACAGAGAAGAGUGUGUGUGUGGUUGAGGCAAGUGCCUAACCCACAUAUUGGAGCCCGUAGAAAUUUUAACUUCUCAUUUCCAUAUUCAGGCUCGAACUUGUACCCAGAUUCUGCACUGACCAGUGGGAGGAAAUUUAGGAUGUUGGACACCACCAUCAGGAAACAAUAGGAAUGGGGUGUUAAUGUGCUUUUUAGUGUAGCCUGUAUGUAAAACCAUGAUUUACUGGGUGCGAUGUCUGUAUGUAUUCAAUGAUAAAUUUUCUGUAUUGGUAUAAUAGCUUAUUGUAUCUUUUCAGAUUCCUUCAUGGUCAAUAAAUAAUUUUAGAAGCGCAGUCAUGUAGGAAAUUGGAGUCAGUCGUGAGAUCCUGUAUUAAUCUCUUUAUUAGUUAGUUAAGUUGCUUUACUAUAAAAAUAAGAAAUGAUGUUUUUGAUAUUCACUGGUACAGGCAGGCUGGGCACUUUUAAUCACCAAGUGAGGAAGGGUGAAUUGGCUUCCCUCUUAAUGACCCCUCCCCCAAGUCGGUUGUAACAAAGAUUUUUAAAUUCUUCAUGCGUGUAGCUGUCACACGAAAAUUAAUAUUGCUACACAAUGUAGUAUUAAUCAAAAUUAAAGAGCCAAUUACAAGAUUUUCUUGUGUAAAAGAAAGACCUUUUAUUGUUAAACACAGCAGUUCUGAACGUGUUGGAACUAUGAAAUGCUGCAGUCUAUAUGAGCUGGAUGGAAUUGGGGACGGGAUAGUCAUGACUACAUCCUUUAUAUUGCUUGUAGAAAGUAUAUCAGUAGUAAGAUUUUACACACUACUUGACCAACCACAUGUGGUCAAUUGUAUAUAUAUGAAAGUGCAAGUCUGUGAAAUAUGUUCCAGAAUAUUCCAGAACUCCCACUCCUGAACCACUUGAUAAGCAUGUGUGCAUCCUUAGUAUCCAGCACUGUUGCAAUCCUUGGCGGUUUCUAAGGUACUAACAUUUAAAAGGCCAGUAGCAUUAGUUGCAUGAUGGAAUGGCUGAAUGGAAAACUAGCCAUUUUUAAAAUAACUAUUGAAUUGCUCCAAGAGUAUCGUAGGGUCAGUUAUAGGAAGGCAACAUAGCUAAUUCUCUUCUGCCUUGCUGGUCAUCAGAAACAGAUCACAUAAGCUCCAUAAUUGGCAUGGGCACAUGCUGCCAUGGAUAUAUAGCAUUGACCCCAGUAUAUCCGUUAGGGUCAGGAGCAAAGCCAUGGAAAAGUACAACUUCCUGCUCCAUCCAUGAUAAUUGGUAGUUCCUGGGCUUUGACUGCCUAAGCAAUAUAAAAAUAUAUGAAUCAAUACAGUGUGGAGCUGGAUGAACGCAGCAGGUCAGGCAGCAUCAGAAGAGCAAGAAAGUCAAUGUUUCAGGUUUACACCCUUCAUCAGGACUGCCAUAACCCUAAACGUUGACUUUCCUGCUCCUCUGAUGCUGCCUGACCUGUUGUAUUCCUCCAGCUCCAUACUGUAUUGACUCUGACCCCAGCAUCUGAAGUUCUUGCUAUCUCCGAAUGACUAAAAAUAUUUGACGCUGGUUCCUUUGACUAAAGUUAUUAUAAUUCAGGUGUUAAAACUGUAGACAGUGAUGAGAAUUGUGCCAAUGAUUGUAAAAAUAAUUAAACAUUUCUAAGUCAGAAAGUGUGAUAAAUACCAUUGAUUUCAAGGAUGAUAAUAUAAAUAGUGUAACAAUAGAUGGACAUUGCCAAAAUAUUCUGUGAAAUUGUAACAUAGACAUGCUGGAAUAUUUUCAACUGGCACCUACUCUAGGAUAAAAAUCUGAAUUGGACAAAAUCACUAUUACUACAGAUUAUUUAAUGAUCUAAAUAUAAAAUUUACUUAGGAGAAUACCUUUGUUCUGUAAUAAAGCCAUCAUGGAAAUAUCUCUGAGACUUUUUAUAUGCUAAUGUUUUAAACUAUACAUGGUUAUUAUGUACAUGUACAACAAGUUUUACAAAUAAAAUUACUUUUAGUCAUUUUGUGCUACAGAACUCGAGUAUUGCUGAAAAAUGACACAUUUUGUUGAAACUUUUUGUCUUGCUCUCAUCAGGACAACUUGCAAGAAUAUCUGUCUGAGGAGAAAACUAACAUUUAUACUAAAUGAGGGGAGAGUGCUGAUUGGUUAUCAAGUGGACUCUUAUUGUUGUAGGUUUGUCCAUGGAGAAUAAACCAAUCAUUGAUCGUUUUCAGUACCACUUUGAAGUUAGGUAUGCAGACCAUACAUCCCAAGGAUGGAAGGAUCAUAUCAAGCAACAUUUCCCUUUGCCUAUUCACAAAGAGCAAUUUACUGACCUAACUUCCUCAUGCUUGCAAAAUCCGUAACAUUAUGUCCAACAUUGUGUGCUUCUGCAACUGAACAAUAUUUGCCAGACAAUCCUGUGUACAUGAAGAUGUAAGUUUUGAUAACCAAUUUUAGAUAGCCAGUCGGCUUUGCAGUGUGGUGCACAUGCAUAUACUGGAAGAGAUGUACUGAAAAACAGGGCCACGUUCUUUCCAAAUAGAUAGAACAUGGGGACAUACUCUGCCCCUUUCAAAUUAGGUGACAACAGUUUGUUUCUUCCUUUCUCAGGGUAAUGCCCCAAACAAUCAGAGUCAGACUGUGUGGUUUAAAUUUAAACAAGCCAGGCAAUUAACUGCUGAACAUCAUUAAUUGAAGCAUUCUCUACCAGAGUCCACUUGUGAACGUUUUUCCCUUUUAUAGUAUAACUAUUGGUUUUCCCGUCAGAUUGGUGUUCGUGCAAAUUUUUCUGACGAAUACAAGACAAAAUGUCCUUGUUCAGCAACAAUAAUACUUUAGCAAAUUAAAAACCACAAAGGAUUAUCUAGAAAUGUUGGCACAUGCUAACUGAACAAGCAGCAAUGAUUUGUUAUUUGUAUUUGGACUGACCAGAAACUUUGUCAUUUCUCUGUUUAAAGUUUCAAUGCCAAUUUCCAGCAUCUUUUUUAAAACUGUAAUUGCUUUAUAAAA